GUAGACCGAAACGUAGAAAUCAAUAGACAAUAACUCGUGUCAAAAUCCGCCAGAUGUCGCCCGCUCUCUAAAUUUUCAGUCUCGGGUGGUGAUAAGAUUAUUUAGCAAGAGAAACCACAUUUUUGAGCACAAUGGCCAAUUACCUUCUGCGCCGUGCGCUGAUCGAUGCAGUCCGUGUACCAGUCUGCGCCAGGGCCUCUUCCUCCACAGUUAGCGAGCUUGCCAAGAUUGGCAACCGCGAGUGGGUAGGAUAUGGCUUCAACGGCCAGCCUAACUACGUGGACAGGCCUGACUUCCCCAUGCCCGCCGUCAGGUUCCGUGCUGACACACCCGACAUUAAGGUCCUCCGUGAAAAGGAAAAGGGUGACUGGCGCAAGCUGACCCUUGAAGAGAAGAAAGCUCUUUACCGCGCCUCCUACUGCCAGACCUUCGCCGAGUUCCAGGCCCCCACUGGAGAAUGGAAGGGCAUCUUGGGCUGGUCCCUUGCUGUUGCUUCCCUGGCCAUCUGGAUCUACAUGGGCAUGAAGAUCUUCGUGUACAGUCCUCUGCCUGAAUCCCUGAGCGAGGAGAACCAGAAGGCACAGCUGAGACGUAUGCUGGACCUCAAGGUCAACCCCGUGGACGGUCUCGCCUCCAAGUGGGACUACGAGAACAACCGCUGGAAGUAAAUUUAGCUAUGGUGGCAGAAGGGUGCUAUGCCUGUAGAACGCUGUUACUCCGGGCUAGAUUAGAAACAAAUGUACUAUAAGUGAUAAUAUCUGUGUAAGAUAAAAAAUAAAUCGCAAUUCCACACGA